AGUUGUUUUUAACAUAAUCUAACAUUUUGGCUCAGGUGAGUUGUGUCAGUGUUCUAGACUGAGCUAGCAGCAUGCUUAUCUUUACCAAUAAUCACUUUCAAACAUAUUUACUGCGUAUUUAAAUAUGUUACAUUAUGCCUCGUCCCUCAUCUCCAUUGUUUCUCCAUGGGAGCAUUAUGCUGCAGUCAUGUGGGGAUUACAGGAUCUGAUUGCUGCAUAUAUUACAUUCAAAAUAUAUAUUCUAAUAGCUGUUAAGUACAUUUUUUAAUAUCAGCUGUACAUGUUUUUAUUCCAAUGGGACAAGUGAAACGUUACAUGUGCCACAUUACUGGUUUUAGCUUAUAGUUACACAUGCACAUGUCAUAAUACAUGAGCAAGAAUUACCUGAAUUACACUACAAUACUGCUGUGUGGUACAUAUGGUUCCAUAUUUAUAAUCAAAUUCAUCCAUUAGAAAUCCAUUUUUUUAACAAAUGUGCAACAGACAAAGUAACUUAGGCUUCGAUAUUCAAUUUCUGAAAAGGGAUUAUUUUAUUUUCAUUACAAAUCAUCUCAUAUUGGAAAUGGGCAUGGAUGCAGGGAAAAGGGCGGAAGUUGUUCGUAAAUGUUUCUUUUAUGACAAGUUCUGCCCCACCCCGGAGAUGACGUCUGGCGGCAGCAAUGCAUUGUGGGUCAAAAUUCAGCAAGGAAUAAUCCGAAUAAACUCCAAGCUAACGCCACUGAUUCUUACUGUUGUCUGAUUAUUUUGUAACUAAUGAGCAAUGUAGUUUACAUUAUCUCUAAACUUCACCGAUACGAUGUUUAAUAUGAGCUAAUAUGAGCUAGCAGUUCUAAUCUGGACCACUAAGGUUGAUGCUGCGGAUGAUGGACCGGGGAGAGCGGUCGAUACCGACCGAAAAAGAAGCGUCGUUUGGGGCUUUUUUAAAACCGUUGACGAAGCGGAUACUGGAAACAACUUCUACCAACGGCCAUGAAGACAUGGAGACGGACAGUAAACCGUUCUCCUUCGUGGAAGUGGCGCUGCAGGACGGAGACUCUGACACCUUUACCGUGGUGAAUGAAACUGGUUUUAAUUCUGCUGUAGACGGCAUCCCAGAAGGUGCGCAAGGACAUCCAGUAGAAGACAUAACACAUGAAGAGGCGAGUGACGAUCGCCCUGUGAAACGUAGACGGAAUAAACGCAGCUUGAUUUGGAGGCACUACGAGGAACUGGACAGUUUGGCUGCUGCUCGUUGCUGCAUUUGCAUGAAGUUACAGUCCUUUGAAGGCGGCAGCACCAGCAACCUGCACCGGCACAUGUCAAAGAGACACCCGGAGGUGUUUUCUCAGCUAGCAGCAGAACGGCAGCACCCACCACCACCACCACCACCACCACCCCACUCAUCACAGAGCUCAGAUGCUAAUGUGGAGGUGGUUCUGGAGGAUGGAGACUUUGACACCCUUAAUCCUACCAUGAACGGCAUCCCGGGCGGUGCACAAGGAGGUCCAGCAGAACAAAUACGGCAUGAAGAGGCGAGUGAAGACCACCCUGUGAAACGUAGGCGGAGUAAACGCAGCUUGAUUUGGAGGCACUACGAGCAACUGGACAGUUUAGCUGCUGCUCGCUGCCGCAUUUGCAUGAAGAAGUUACAGUACUUUGAAGGCGGUAGCACCAGCAACCUGCACCGGCACAUGUCAAAGAGACACCCGGAGGUGUUUUCUCAGCUACUAGCAGACGGGCAGCACCCACCACCACCACCCCACUCAUCACAGAGCUCAGAUGCUAAUGGUGAGGCAUUGAUGCCACCAGAGAACAUUGGGGCGACAGAGAAGCAGAGACAGUUUUCUGGCUUGUUAAAAGUUUCUAAAGCGUCUGAAGGAGAAAAGCGUGUGUUCAGGAGAGAGCGGGAGCUGAUAGAAGCUCUGAGGAGAGCGCAGAGAGAGGAGGCCCGGGCUCUGGAGCACCAGAGGGAGCUGCUGGAGAGGCUGCGUGCGGUGAAUGCCAGAGAGGCGGCUGCAGAGAGGGAGCAGAUUGAGUCACUGAGGACAGCACAGCUGGAGGAAGCCAAAGACUUGAGUAGACAGAGAGAAGAGGUACAGAAGGAAAAGACAAAGCUGCUGGAGAAAUGGGAGGAGCUUCAGCAGGAAAGAGAAGAACUUGUCUUGUUUUCCAGUGGACAGCAAGCCUCCUGAUUCUUUCACAAUAUGACGGUCGCAUUGCUGACGUUCCUGAUUUUAGAUAUUCUAUAAAGGCUUUGGGACUAAUGCAAAUACAUGUUGAUGUAAAAAUGUGAAUUUUAGUCAAAUAUAUUUUGCAAACAAUCAAGUUGUUUUUGUUUCUGUGUUGCGCUGCUUCAUCCUUCCUCUACUGCUCACUCUGGUCCUGUCUCAUUGAAUUGUGUGAUGUCCUGAUGUCCUCUUGCAUCAAAUACAUAGAAAUCUGAUCCAGGAAGAAGCUCUCACUCCCCACCUCACACUGUAUUAAUUCAUGGCUGCAACAAGCAAGUUUUAAGUGUAUAUAGUCGGCAAAGACUGGUCACAAAAAAAUAUGUGUUGUCUCUCACUCUGCAAGUCUGCAGGACGGGUUCAGAAGAAUCUAAAUUUAGUCUUAUCACUCAGAUGUGUAACUUUGCCAUGAGAUUAGAAUGAUGACAGUAGAAACUGACAUACAUCAGAGGGUGCCAUGUAGUUACAUUAUCAAUGUGAGGGCAUGAAAUAAUCAAACUCAUUUCAUUUACCACAAUUCACCAUUUUGUCACUAACAAUUGGUGUGAACCUGUAAAGAAACUCAAUUGACCACGAGACAGACUGUACAAUAAGGGAAUGUUUUUGGUUGAAACAGGAUGCUUAUGCAAUAUAUAAUCAUUUAAAGGUGUAUCCACUGAUAGAUUUAGAGGCAGUUUUAACUUAUGGUUAAAAUAUUUUUAUACACCCAUUGGAGCAUCAUUUGUUCUACAAGAACACGAGGUGAUGUCAUUAGAAUAUGUCUGUGCAAGAGAAUAAAAUAAUUAGAUUUCUCUUCUUUACUGAAUUAAUACAUCACUGAUGAUGGUAGUGAGUGAGGCCAACUGUAUCCUGAGUAACUUUGAUAUUGUUACGUUUUAGUUUUUCAUGUUAUUUCUGAUGACAGAAGUUCCUGAGGUAUAUACUUAAUAAAUAAUACCAAAACCAAUGAUUCAUUAUCAACUAGUCAUCGCAUCUAGUUGCAUUGAAUGCCUUUCUGAUUUGUCAUAUGAACCUUACAUUGUGCAUAUUUCUCACUUAUAUCACAGCAAACCUGAGGUAUAGUACUAUUUUAACACAAGAUCACUGAUUCACUUUAAGAGAAGAAAGGAAUGAACCCAUGAAAUAAACACUUGUAUCAGUCGCAAGUACAUGAACGUACAACGCAUGCGUCCAGCAAGCGUUUUGUUCCCAGAACGCGACUUCUCAGGUAGUGCGCCUGAGCUGCGACAGCUAGCCCCACCACCAAGGUAAUACGUGGGUUCAUAUUAGCGAUGGUUCAGGAUAAUGUUACGGUCUUGCUUGGGGUGAAGUUAACCC